CGCCCGCGUCUCCUUCAGCCACAACCGACCACAAGAUCUGUUGCCGCCGCCCAGUCCAAGGACCCGGGCCACCGGAGUCCAUCUCCACCGGCAUGGCAUCCCAACGCCAGGCCAAAGUCGCUGUGCAAGGCGUGCGGGAUCCGGUACCGGAAGAGGCGGCGGGUGGCCAUGGGGCUCGACCCGGAGGCCAAGAGGAAGCCCAAGAGGGACGACGACGCCCUAUCCAAGGCUGCCGCAGCUGCAGCCGCAGCCACAGCCGAGGCCUCUACCCAGGAGGAGGACAAGGCCGGCGACGACGACAAGGCCGGGGAGGAGAAGGCCAGCACCAAGAAGACCAAGACGACUACAAAGACGACGCACACAGUUGAGCUCCACAUGGUGGGGUUCGCCAAGGACGCCGUGCUCAAGCAGCGACGCCGCAUGCGGAGGAAGCCGUCGUGCCUGGGCGAGGAGGAGCGGGCCGCCAUACUCCUCCUGUCGCUCUCAUCAGGUGUAAUAUACGCCUGAACCUUGGUCUUUGGUUGAUCAAUCGUGUUAGUCAGUUGGAUCGAUCGCUGAUGAAUAUGAAGAAGCGUUGUUGGCCAAA